AAUUCAAUUAGCAUCUAAGACAGUAAAAUCUACAGAACAAGUAUUGUUAGUGCUAAUAUAACAUUUUCUCCGUGUAAAAGUUUCUUUCGUUACUUUAAGAAAUCAAUUAUUGUAGUGUAACACAACAGUUUUGUUAUAGUUAUAAACCAUUUCUAAGAGCAACAAACAAUUUGCUACCUUGCGAUAACGAAAACUUUUUUCCGUAUGCAGAUAUGGACAUUAAUGUCUGAUAUACUAAACCAGCACUGCUCUACUUUAGUAUACCAGGCAUUAAUGACCACAUCUGUACGUGCUACCUAUGUAAUGAUUAAACCAGUUGUUGCUUAGCACUCGAUGCAUACAGAGUAUUUUAAAUCUUCGAUAGAUGGAUUAUCAGGAGUGCGAUAUUUGUAAUAGACCAUUAGUCAACGAACACAAUUUACGAAUACUACGUCAAUGUUUUGGAUCUAGUGGAAUAACGGCUGGCUCAUUGGCUGCAAGGUGGCAAUUACCAACCAUAGCUGCUGGUUCAUUAUUUUCAUUCUUACAAUCAUUGGAUGCAACUGGUACAGGAUCUUUAUUGUUUGGAGCAACUGUUAGUGCUCUUGGAUUAUUAUUACAAAUCUCUGCCACAAUUGGUUGGUGCUCUGGUCAUGACGGUGAAAAUUAAACAUUUCACAAUAUAAGUAAUUAGUCAAAAAUAACAAGUAUUUAUUCAACGAUGAUUUAUGAGUGUAUAUAUAAUUUAAUAUAACUAAGUAAUGUUACUAUAUUUGUAGAUAUUGAUGAUAAUUGUUCAUCUUCAUCAUUGAUACUGACAUCAACUCUGAUAUACUUUUCCGCAUACUGAUAUUUUAUAUUCACUUAUAUACGCACUGUUAUGUUUACAUUGUCAAAAACAGAAGU